AUGACAAAUUCCGUAAUGUUCUUUACAUUUCUUCUUUCUUUAACUCUCUUCCACACUUUUCAAUUUGCUCAUUCUCGUUCUACUCUCUAUAAUGAGAAUAAAAUUUUUAAUGUUCUUGACUAUGGAGCAAUUGGAGAUGGAUUUUCUGACGAUUCAAAGGCAUUCAAGGAUGCAUGGGAAGACACAUGCAAUUACAUUGGAUCCCAAUCAACUAUGGAAAUUCCUGAAGGAUACACAUUUCUUCUCCAACCAAUUGAGUUUCAUGGCCCUUGUAAAUCCAAGAAAAUCAUUUUAUCGAUCAGUGGAUACGUAAUUGCUCCCGGAUCUCCUGAUGAAUGGGAAUGCAAGAAAAAUCAUUGCCAUCAAUGGAUCGAAUUUGCUCAUAUAAAUGGACUUCAUAUCGAUGGUCGUGGUACUCUUGAUGGUCAAGGAACAAAAUGGUGGUCUCUAAAUUGCAAAAAAUAUAAAAAAGCAUGUCUCAAGAGACCAAGGGGGGUGGUUAUAUCACAUUCGAGUAAUGUGCAUAUAAGCAACAUUAUGGUGAAGGACAGUCCAAAUUUUCAAAUGUCGUUGGAAGAUUCGAAAUGGGUUAGUGUUAAGCAACUAACCAUAACCGCUGAUGGUGAUAGCCCUAACACUGAUGGCAUUCACAUUCAACGUUCUCAAAAUGUUAUCGUACACAAUAGUAAUAUCCGUACAGGUGAUUGA